CCCCAGGAGGAGCCUCUCCGGGGCCGCGCGCCCCGCAAGCCCGCACCGCCCACGGGCUCCGACAACAGCACCGCGCGCGUGGCGGGAGCCCAGCCCGCCUCUGCCCUCACGGGCUCGGCCCCACCCCACGCCACCCGCGCGUCGCGCCGGGUCUGUGGCCCGGCGGCCCCUCCCGCCCUGUGCCGUGCCACGCACUCCCACCCCGAUCCCGAUCCCGACCCCGACCCCCGGGCGCCGCGGCGGGGCAGGAAGGGGCCGGGGCGGUGGCGGCGGCGGCGGCGGAGGAAGCGGAAGGAGCGGCGCUGCCGGGCGGGACCUGGAGGGUGUCCGGGGGGGAGGCCGGGCCGGGCCGGGGCUGCUGCUGCGGGAGGGUGGUGCAGGCCGGGCCAUGUAGGCGGGCCGCGCGCGCAGCGGGGCGGCCCCGGGGGAGACGGAGCCAAGCCCCUUCCCUGCCUGACAGGCGCGGGGGGCCGGGCCGGGCCGGGAGGCAGCGGAGAUGUCUCGGGAGGAGCCGGCUCGGGUAAGGGCGCCGAUGGCGGCGCUGCCAGUCCCGCCCCCCUCCGCCCCGGGCACACAGCGUGAGAUGCCGGUGAUUUUUGAGGAGGUGGCUGUGUAUUUCACCAAGGAGCAAUGGGCUCUGCUGGACCCCAGUCAGAGAGUCCUCUACAGGGACGUCAUGCUGGAAAACUAUGAGACUGUGACCUCGUUCGUAGGAUUCCCAGUUCCCAAACCCAACUUGAUCUCCCAGCUGGAACAGGGAGAAGAGCCGUGGGUCCCAGACCUCCAGGACUCAAAGGAAUGGGAAAUCCCAAAAAACAUCCCCACAGGGAACGAUGUCUACCUGGACUGCUCCCCUAUCCAAGCAGGGGAUGGGGUGGGGAGCAACAGCAUGGAAGAGGGUCCUCAGAAGGGAGACCUGCAGCCAGGGCAACUCCACAGCAUACUAUUGGAGGAAUUACAAGGGGAUACAGCCCUACACCCCAAGAAGGAAGAAGCAUUUGCAAGGUUAUGUGGGGCAGAGAAGCAGCUGGGAAACUCCCCAAGGACCACACUGCCCGACAACACUUGCCCAGGGGAGGAUAAGGAGCACCUGAAUGAAACCACAGUCAAGCCGGGAACCUACCUCAUCAUUCACGAGCACAUCCAGACAGGGGAGAACCCCUACCUCUGCCCCAUCUGUGGGAGGACCUUCAAGCAGAAGUCAGAUCUCACACUCCACCAACGCAUUCAUGUAGGAGACAGACCCUAUAAGUGCCCUGACUGUGGCAAGGGCUUCAGCCAGAACUCGAACCUCCGCAAACACCAGAGGAUCCACACAGGGGAGAGGCCCUACCGCUGCCUGGAGUGUGGGAAGGAUUUUGCUAGGUCCUGGUCUCUUGUUUUGCACCGAAGAGUCCACACAGGUGAAAGGCCCUACAAAUGCCCUGAUUGCGGGAAGGAUUUUGCUAGGUUCUCAUCCCUUAUUUUGCAUUGGAGAGUCCACACAGGGGACAAGCCCUACAGUUGCCCUGAGUGUGGAAUGGGCUUCACGCAGAGCUCGCAUCUCAUUUCACACCGGAGAGUUCACACUGGGGAGAGGCCUUACAAGUGCCCUGACUGCGGGAAGGGCUUCAACCAUCGCUCAGAUCUGAUUCGCCACCGCAGAGUCCACACGGGGGAAAAGCCCUACAAGUGCCCUGAUUGUGGAAUGGGCUUCACGCAGAGUGUGCACCUGAGUUCACACCGGAGAGUCCACACGGGAGAGAGGCCCUACAAAUGCCCUGACUGUGGGAAGGGAUUCAACCAUAACUCAGACUUGAUUUGCCACCAGCGAGUCCACACGGGGGAAAAGCCAUACCAGUGCUCUGACUGCGGGAAGAGCUUCACCCAGAGGUCAACCCUUAGUUCACAUCAGAGAGUCCACACAGGGGAGAGACCUUAUUGUUGUCCUGAUUGCAGGAAGAGCUUCAAGAAGCGUUCACAGUUGAUUUCCCACCGAAGAGUCCAUACGGGGGAGAGGCCCUACUGCUGCCCCGACUGCGGCAAGGUUUUCAAGCAGCGCUCAGUCCUCAUUUCCCACCAGAGAGUCCACACGGGGGAGAGGCCUUACAAAUGCCCCGACUGUGGUGUGGGUUUCACACAGAGGACGAACCUGAGCUCACACCGGAGAGUCCACACUGGGGAGAAGCCCUACAAGUGCCCUGACUGUGGGAAGGGCUUCAGGCAGAUAUCAAACCUGAAUGACCAUCAGAAAAACCAUACGGGGGAGAAACCCUACAGAUGUCCCGAGUGUGGGAAGAGCUUCAAGUGGAGCUCGGGGCUGAUUUCCCACCGGAAAAUUCACAUAGGAGACAAACCGUACGCGUGCCCUGUAUGUGGGAGGAGCUUCAUUGAGAAAUCGUACCUUAUUAGGCACCAGAGGAUCCACACAGAAGAUAAACCAUAUGCAUGCACUGUGUGUAGGAGGAGCUUCAGCCAAAAAUCCUACCUUAUUAGACACCAGAGAAUCCACGAGAGACCCUACAAGUGCCCUGAAUGUGGGAAAAGCUUCAGUAAACGCCCAGCCCUCAUUGUACAUGAAAGAAAACAUACGGGAGAGAGGCCCUACAAGUGCACUGUCUGUGGGAAAAGCUACAGGGCAAAGGGCUCCCUAACGUCCCACCAGAAGCUCCACGCAGGGAAUGCAGCCAAGGACCAGCGGGGCCAUACUAGUUUGGCAGUGAAAUGCCAGAGGAUAUCCAAGACAAUGUGCGUCUCCUUCGAGGAGGUGGCUGUGUAUUUCACCAAGGAGCAAUGGGCUCUGCUGGACCCCAGUCAGAGAGCCCUCUACAGGGAUGUCAUGCUGGAGAACUAUGAGGCUGUGACCUCAUUGGCAGGAUUCCCAGUUCCCAAUACCAACUUGAUCUCCUGGCUGGAACAGGGGGAAGAGCUGUGGGUCACAGAUCUCCAGGACUCAAAGGAAUGGGAAAUCCCAAGGAACACCUGCACAGGCAUCCAUCUGGAUUCAUUUCCUGUCUCAGUAGGGGAUGGGAUGGUGAAUGAGAGCAUGGAAGAGAGUCCUCAGAAGGGAGAUCUGCAGCCGGGGGAACCCUACACCACACUCUGGGAGGAAUUCAGGGGGGACACAUCUCUAUACACCAAGCAGAAAAAAGAAUGUGAGAGGUUAUGUGGGGCAGAAAGGCUGCUGGAAAACUGCCCAAGGAUCACACUGGCUGAUGACACUCACCCAACGGGGAAUCAGGAGCACCUGAAUGAAACCCCAGUCCAGCAGGGGAGCUACCUCAUCAUCCACCCAUUCAUCCACAUGGAAGACAACCUGUACCCUGGCCUCACCUGUGAGAGGAGCUUAAAGAAGAAGUCGGGCCUUAGCAUCCGCCAGCGCAUCCAGGCAGGAGAGAGACCCUAUAAGUGCCCUGACUGUGGCAAGGGCUUCAGCCGGACUUCAAAUCUCCGCAAACACCAGAGGGUCCAUACAGGGGAGAGGCCCUACCGCUGCCUGGAGUGCGGAAUGAGCUUCAUGGGCAGCUCGUCCCUCGUUACACACCAGAAAGUCCACACUGGGGAGAGGCCCUACAACUGUCCUGACUGCGGGAAGGGUUUCAAGCAUCGUUGGGACCUGAUUCGCCACCAGAGAGUCCACACAGGGGAAAAGCCCUACAGUUGCCCUGACUGUGGAAUGGGCUUCACGCAGAGCGUGCAUCUCCGUUCACACAGGAGAGUCCACACGGGGGAGAGGCCCUACAAAUGUGCUGACUGUGGGAAGGGCUUCAAUAACAACUCAAUCCUGGUUUGCCACCAGAGAAUCCACACGGGGGAGAAGCCCUACAAAUGCCCUGUCUGUGGGAUAGGCUUCAAACAGUACUCGAGCCUCAGUUCACACCGGAGAGUCCACACAGGGGAGAGGCCCCACAAAUGCCCCGACUGCGGGAAGGGCUUCAAGGAGCGCGUGCAGCUGAGUGUCCACCGGAGAGUCCACACGGGGGAGAGGCCCUACAAAUGUCCUGAUUGUGGGAAGGACUUUAAGCAGCGUUCUGCCCUGAUUUCCCACCAGAGAGUCCAUACAGGUUUGUGGCCCUACAAAUGUCCUGACUGUGGAAGGGGUUUCAGCCACAGGUGGAACUUGAAUGACCAUCAGAAAAGCCACACAGGGGAGAAACCCUACAGCUGUCCUGACUGUGGGAAGAGCUUCAAGCGGAGCUCAGGACUGGUUUCCCAUCAGAAAAUUCACACGGGAGAUAAACCAUACACAUGCCCAGAGUGUGGGAAGAGCUUCAGUGAGAGAUCCUACCUUGUUAUACAUCAGAGAAUCCAUACAGACGAGAAACCAUACACGUGUUCAGCCUGUGGGAAGAGCUUCAGUCAGCGAUCCUACCUCAUCAGACACCAGGGGAUCCAUGAGAGACCCUACAGAUGCCCUGAGUGUGGGAAGAGCUUCAGUAAACGCUCAGCCCUCGUUUUACAUGAGAGCAUUCACACAGGAGAUGGGCCCUACAUGUGUACUGUCUGUGGGAAGACCUACGUGGCAAAGGGCUCCCUAACAUCCCACCAGAAGCUCCACGCAGGGUAGAAGGCAGCAGGAACUCUCUCUGUGGAGCAAUGAGUCUGUGCCCUCCUACAGCACAGUAAUUUGAGAAGGAGGUGGAGGGCUGUGGCUAAGGGAGGAAGGAAGAGUGGAUACUGAGUAGAUGGAGGGUUUCAAAUAGAGAUAAAAAUACCACCUUGCAUUUGGUCUCUAAGUGGUCCCUGUAGCUCCCAAAGCCUCUCAAAAUGUGUGGCCAUUGAAUGUUCUUCAGGGAAGUACCAACUGGCAAUGAAAGCAGCUGUUCUGAAAUGACAGAGACAGUGACUCUGUACACAUGGCCCCUCCUUACCCCUUUCUGCUCCUUCCUCCCGCCCUUCUCCCCAGGGUAUGUGAAUCCAAGAGUUCAUAGUCAUAGAGAAGUAGGGCUGGAAGGGACCUCCAUAGGCCAUCUAGUCCAACCACCUGCCUGAGACUGGCUUCUCCCUGUCCAAACCAUCCUGUACAAUCAUCACAUAAACUCGACAGCAGACUGCCCUCAACCCUGACACAGCAUAGACCUAGCACCCUAACCUGCCACAGGUAAAGCAGGGGAACCACAGCAGCCAAUGUCCUGUUUCUAUAAAAUGUCAAUAAAUGCUCGAGAGGUCCCUGAUAGAACAUCAUGCCCUCCACCACAGAAGAGAGCAAAAACUCCCACAAUCCAUACCAAACUGACCAUGGGGUGAAAUUCCUUCCUGACCCCAAAUACAAUGAUCAGUUUGAACCUGAGCGGAGGGGCAAGACCCUCUACCCAGGAACCUCUGGCUUUGCUCAUAGCAGGAAAAUCAACACACCCCAGCUGAAGUCUUCAACCUUAGCUGUUGCCAACACCCAAAGCCUCUGGGGAGGCUUAAAAUCACUCACGCAUUUAAUAGGAUGUGGGGCGUGGGGGGAUCAGAGCACCCAGCAAAGCUCAGAAUCAUGGGAAAUACCCAUGGUAGAAAAUAGGCAUAGCUAUACCUAUAUUAUCCCCAACCAGUGACUGUUGAACCUCUUCUUGAUCACCUUCAGUGAUGGAGAGUCUACAACUUCGCUAGGCAGUCUGUUUCUCUGCCUCACUGCUCUAACAGUGAAGAAGGUUUUUUGGCUAUCCGAUCUAAAUUUACUUUGCUGCAACUUCAAGCCACUGGUCCAUGUCCUCCUCCCUUUAGCAAGGGAGAAAAGGUUCUUUCCCUCUUUAUGGCAGCCCUUUAAGUAUCUUAAGACUGCUAUCAUAUCCCCUCUUAAGCAUCAUUUCCACAAGCUGAAUGUGCCUAGCUCCUUCAGCCUCUCCUUAUGAUUUGCCUUCCAAGCUCUUGAUCAUCUUUGUUCCCUGCCUCUGGACCCUCUCUAACUUCUCCAUGUCUUUUUUAAAAUGUGGAGCCCAGAACUGCACACAGUACUCCAGCUGAGGCCUAACCAGGGCCGAGUAGAGGCACUAUCACCUCCUGUGUCUUGCCUUGCACCUAAUGCUUCUAAUGAUGCAGCCCAAAACUGCAUUAGUAUUUUGUGUGACUGUAUUACCCUGCAGACUCAUGAUGAGUCUGUGGUCUACCAAGACUCCCAAGUCCUUUUCCAUAGAGCUGCCAUCCAGCCAGGUGUCCCCCAUUUUGUGUUGGUCUUUUUGAUUAAUCCUGCUGAGGUGCAACACCUUACAUUUGUCUGCAUUGAACUUAAUCCUGUUAGUCCUAACCCAACUUUCCAGUCCUGCCAAGAUCCUUCUGAAUUGCACUCACAUCCUCCAAUAUGUUCACAAUCCUUCCUGGUUUUGUCAUCCACAAACUUGCUCAAGAUGAUUUCUAUGCCAGCUUCCAAAAUAUUAAUAAACACAUUGAAUAGCAUUGGACCCAGGGCAGACCCCUGUAGGACUCUACUCAAAACCUCCUGCCAUUCUGACAUGGACCUGUUAAUAAUUACCCUUUGUUAAUGGCUACUGAUCCAGAUAUCUAUCCACCUUGUAGUAGUUUUAUCCAGCCCAUGUUUCUCCAAUUCGUGAGGUCCUGCCGGACCUUGUCAAAAGCCUUGAUGAAUUCCAAAUGCACUAUAUCCGCAGCAUUCCCUUCAUCCACCAGUUACUAUGUCAAAGAAGGAGAUCAGGUUUGUCUGACACAACUUGCUUUUUAUAAAUUUGUUCUGGCUUCUUGUGAUCAGCCUUUCCUCCUCCAGAUGCUUGCAAAUUGCAUUAGGAUAUGCUCCAGUAAUUUCCCAGGUAUUUAGGUGAGCUAACAGGUUUGUAGUUCCCCAGGUCCUCCUUACCUUUUUUAAAGGGGGCCACUACAUUGGCCCUUUCCAGUCCCCUGGUACCUGCCCCAUCUCCCCCAACUUCAUGGAGAUCGUUGCCAAGAGUUCUGAGAUCUCUGCCAGUUCCUUCAGGACUCUGGGAUGAUGCUCAUCUGGCCCUGAGGAAUUGAAUUCAUUCAGACCCAACAAAAAAUCUCUGCCCAUCUUUUUUAUCUUAAGGGAGAUGAGGUCAACGUCAUUUACUUGGACUUUAAGAAGGCCUUUGACUUGGUGUCCCAUGGGGCUCUCAAGGUAAAACAAGGGGACUAUGGGCUCAACAAUUCAAUGAUCAGAUGAGAGAAACAAGCUGUGGGGUUGGACCCAGAGAGUACUAAUAGCUGGAUCUGCGUUGACCUGGUGGAAGGUAGCCAGCGGGGUCCCCCAGGGUUCAGUAUUUGGACCAGUGCUUUUCAACAUCUACAUCAAUGAUUUGGAGGUGGGGGUGAAAAGCACACUGGCAAAGUUCACCGAUCCAGGCGGAUCUAGAUGGGUGGACCAGAGCCAGAUGCUGUUCAACACAGAAGUGUAAAGUGCUCCAUCUGGGGAGGAAAAAUCCACAACAAACUUACGGGUUCAGUGGUGCUACACUAGCUAGCACCACGUCCAAAAGGCACCUGGGGGUCAUAAUUGACCAUAAAAUGAAUAUGAGCCACUAGUGUGAUGUUACAAUUAGCAGAGCAAACAAUACACAGUCAUGCAUCAACUGAUGCAUCUCAAGCAAAACUAAGGAAGUUAUUCUCCCGCUGUACUCAGCUUUGGUGAGGCCGCAGCUGGAGUACUGCGUCCAGUUCUGGGUGCCGCACUUCAAGAAGAAUGUGGAGAAGCUUGAGAGGGUCCAGAGAAGAGCCACUUGUGAUUAGAGGCUGAAGAGCAAGCCGUACAAGCAAAGGCUGACAGAUAUGGGACCAUUCAGCCUAGAAAAGAGAAGACUUUGGGGGGGAUUGGGUGGCAGGGGCUAGGCAAACAAGUGUUCACUAAAGCGCCCCAGAGGAAUGCCAGAAGCAACAGUCAUAAACUAGAAGAAGGUUUCAGGCUGUAUAUAAGGAAAAACUUCUUUACAGUUUGUGUGGCCAGACUGGAAUAGACUCCCAGUGGGGGUGGUGCAGGCACCUACCCUGGAGAUCUUCAAAAAGAGACUGGAUGCACACCUUGCUGGGGUUAUUUGACCCCAGCAGUCUCUCCUGCCCAGAGCAGGGGGGCUGGACCCGAUGAUCUCAUGAGGCCCCUUCCAGCCCUAAACUUCUGUGAAUCUUCUCCCUCAAUUUUCCCCUUCCUUAUCCAGAUGAUCCCUAUUUGGUGUCUGGAAGCUUAUUCUUUUGUGAAGACUGAGGCAAAGUAGCUGUUGAGUAGGUCUUUCUUCUCUGUAUCUUCAGUUAGGAGUUCCCCCUGGUUUGUUAUCAGAGGACCUGCAGCUUCCUUGGUCCUUCUUUUCUGGCCAGCAUACUUCUGGAACCUCUUCUUCUUGUCCUUAACCUCCUUUGUCAGGUACAGCCCAUUCUUUAUCUUUGCUUUCCUGAUUUUGUCCCUGCAGAUUUUUGCUAUUUCCUGGUAUGUGUCCUUGCACUCCCAGAAUGCUAAGUACAGUGCUCAGUUUAUCAGACAUCAGUGGAGGUCUGGGGAGGCUUAUGAGUCAGUUACUGAUAUAGGGUCAAAAUUCUGCAGAAAAGUAGGGGGGUGUAGGUCAGCUUGCACUGUUCUGACAAGGCUGCUUGGUUGAAUUGUUGGAGCAGGCGGGUGGGGGAUGCAGGACACCUGGGUCCUGCUGUCAACCCUGGGGGACUAGAGCAGAGAAGACUGGGAGUGUAGACUUCUGGCUUCACUGUCUGCAGUUUGAGCACUUUUAAAUCUUUUCUGUUUUUCUACUAUCUGAUGGCAUAGCCUCCUAGGCAGCAUCUCCCUCUUCCAGCCCCACCUCAGGGCUCAGUUGCUUAGCAGGCCCAGUGGAGCUGGAACACAGAAGUGGUUUAAAAUGGUUUUGGACUUGCUCAGACUGCUGUGCUUCAUCUUAUCUUCUAUAAAGCCCAGUGGUAUGAGUGAAAAUGCCAAUUUAGCACUAGUAAUACGGGUAUUUUCAGCUGAAAACAUAUCACCGAUGUCAACUACAGUGACACUCAAUGCAGGCUGAAGCAUAGAUCUCAGAGAGACUUCCAUAAUUUUAUGCAUAAAAUUUAACUUGCAUAAAUUUAACUUGCAUAAAUUUCUGGCCAUAAUUUUAUUGUGCAAUUGUUAUAUCAUCUAAACAUCAGUGAAGAGCAUCCUUACAUGAUACCGGUUCUAUUCACAGGGCACAAUUCAUCAUGCCAUUUCUUCAUUUUCAUAAUAUUCAGCAACAGCUUUCUGUAUUGAUGACUUCUGUGGUGACCUGUUAGCAUUUGCUAUCUGUGGGAUGGUAGACACCCUGCCAGCAGACUUCCUGGCUUUGAUUUCUUGUUUUAAUAUUUUAGCCAUACACAGCAGGAAUAAUAUAGUAUGUUUAAAAAUGUUAAAUAUGUAGCAAGUUGAGUUCCUUGUAGCUUAGAAACAAAAAUAAAGUAUCAUGAGCAGUUACUUACAGCUGAAAUUGCUAAAAAGUAAAAAAAAAACAAGACAAAAAAGCAAAGAAAUUGCAAUUAAAUAGUUUUAAAGGCAUGUACACAAAACUUGUUCUAAGUAGGUGGUGUUAUUGUGUCAGGUGAUGAUCAGGCAGAGAUCUGCUUCCCAUGAAGUCUCACAGAGACUGAAGCCCAGCACUGCUUGCCAGCUUGCUUAAGAGUUUGUAGGUAGCAGGUGUGCUUGUCCUGUGUUACCUAAUGCAUUUUCUGUCUGCUUUUUAAAUCCAUUUCUCACAUUUUUCCAGACUUUUUCAUAACUUCUGAAUCUUGUGCAAAUCAACACUAAGCUUUAAAAUGAUAGAUGAUGUGUGGGUAUACAGUAAGUACAAAUACCUUAAAACCUUCUCAGACCAUCUACUCAGUGUAUUAGCUUCUAGAUUAUCUGUUCACCUUGAAUGGUUUCUGUAUUUCCUAGUACAUUCCUAAUAAAAGGGUGGUUGUGAAA